ACCGUCCGUCCCUGCAAAAUACUUCCCUCGUCUGACAUUUGCGAGUCGUCUCUUCUCUCUUUCAUUGUCCAAGAGAAGCAAAUCAGCGCAGAAAGACAGAGAUGAGCGGUCACGACUCCAAGUACUUCUCCACAACCAAGAAGGGAGAAAUCCCUGAGCUCAAGGAAGAGCUUAAUUCCCAGUACAAGGAUAAGAGAAAAGAUGCGGUUAAAAAGGUGAUUGCUGCCAUGACUGUUGGGAAGGAUGUUUCGUCACUAUUCACAGAUGUAGUAAAUUGCAUGCAGACUGAAAAUUUGGAGCUGAAAAAGCUUGUUUAUUUGUAUCUCAUAAAUUACGCCAAAAGUCAGCCCGAUCUGGCAAUACUUGCAGUAAAUACAUUUGUAAAGGAUUCACAGGAUCCAAAUCCUUUGAUUAGGGCCUUGGCUGUACGGACGAUGGGAUGCAUUCGUGUGGAUAAAAUUACAGAAUAUCUUUGUGAUCCUCUUCAGAGGUGUCUCAAGGAUGAUGAUCCUUAUGUUCGCAAAACAGCAGCCAUAUGUGUUGCCAAACUCUUUGACAUAAAUGCUGAGUUAGUUGAGGAUAGGGGUUUUCUAGAAUCUCUGAAGGAUUUGAUUUCUGACAAUAAUCCAAUGGUUGUAGCAAAUGCUGUUGCUGCACUUGCAGAGAUUCAGGAGAAUAGUACAAGGCCCAUCUUUGAGAUCACCAGUCACACGCUCUCAAAGCUCCUCACUGCCCUAAAUGAAUGCACAGAGUGGGGUCAAGUUUUCAUAUUGGAUGCACUUUCUAGAUACAAGGCAGCUGAUCCUCGUGAAGCUGAAAAUAUAGUGGAGCGAGUUACUCCUCGACUACAACACGCUAAUUGCGCUGUGGUUCUUUCAGCUGUUAAGAUGAUCCUCCAACAAAUGGAACUUAUCGCGAGUACUGAUGUGGUUCGAAAUUUAUGCAAAAAGAUGGCCCCCCCUCUUGUGACAUUACUUUCUGCUGAGCCUGAGAUACAAUAUGUUGCCCUGCGGAAUAUCAACCUGAUUGUACAGAGACGUCCCACAAUCCUUGCCCAUGAAAUUAAGGUGUUCUUUUGCAAGUACAAUGAUCCAAUUUACGUGAAGAUGGAAAAGUUAGAAAUCAUGAUAAAGCUUGCGUCAGACAGAAAUAUUGAUCAAGUUCUUUUGGAGUUCAAAGAGUACGCUACGGAAGUGGAUGUAGAUUUUGUCAGAAAAGCUGUUCGUGCAAUUGGCCGCUGUGCCAUCAAGUUAGAGAGAGCAGCUGAGCGCUGUAUAAGUGUCCUGCUUGAGCUUAUCAAGAUUAAAGUAAACUAUGUGGUCCAAGAGGCUAUUAUAGUUAUCAAAGAUAUCUUUAGAAGAUAUCCUAACACUUAUGAAUCAAUCAUUGCAACACUAUGUGAGAGCUUAGACACUUUAGAUGAACCAGAAGCUAAGGCAUCAAUGAUCUGGAUAAUUGGUGAGUAUGCGGAAAGAAUUGAUAAUGCUGAUGAGCUCCUUGAGAGUUUCUUAGAGAGUUUUCCUGAAGAGCCUGCACAAGUACAGUUGCAAUUGCUGACUGCGACUGUCAAACUUUUCCUUAAGAAGCCAACUGAAGGUCCACAACAGAUGAUUCAGGUUGUUUUGAAUAAUGCCACUGUGGAAACAGACAAUCCUGAUCUUCGUGAUCGUGCAUAUAUUUAUUGGCGCCUUCUAUCAACAGAUCCUGAGGCAGCCAAGGAUGUUGUGUUAGCUGAGAAGCCUGUAAUUAGUGAUGACUCAAACCAGCUUGAUCCGUCUCUUCUUGAUGAGCUUCUCGCCAAUAUUGCUACAUUGUCCUCGGUUUAUCACAAGCCCCCAGAUGCAUUUGUCACCCGUGUCAAGACCACAGCCUCAAAAACGGAAGAUGAUGACUAUCCUGAUGGCAGUGAAGCCGGGUAUUCUGACACAUCUGCUCAACCAGCUGAUGGUGGUGCAUCACCACCAACUACUUCAAGUGGUGUUCCAUAUGCUGCAGCAAGACAGCCAGCCCCUGCACCAACUUCAACUGCUCCUGCGGCAUCCGUGCCAGAUUUACUUGGUGAUUUGAUAGGCUUGGAUAGUAGUGCUAUUGUUCCUGUUGACGAGCCUGCUGCUCCUGGACCUACUCUGCCUGUCGUACUUCCAGCAGCAACUGGUCAGGGUUUACAAAUUAGUGCACAGCUGACACGACGAGAUGGUCAAAUUUUUUACAGCAUGUUGCUUGAGAACAAUUCACAGGUUGCCCUUGACGGGUUUAUGAUUCAGUUCAACAAGAACUCUUUCGGUCUUGCAGCUGCUGGACCUCUGCAGGUUCCACCACUGCAACCUGGGACAUCGACAAGAACUCUGCUCCCUAUGGUAUCAUUUCAAAAUAUGUCUACUGGUCCUACAAGCUCGCUUUUGCAAGUUGCUGUCAAAAAUAAUCAACAGCCAGUCUGGUACUUCAAUGAUAAAAUCUCCUUGCAUAUUUUCUUCGCUGAGGAUGGAAGGAUGGAGCGUGGAAACUUUCUCGAGACAUGGAGGUCUCUUCCUGAUUCAAAUGAGAUAGCAAAUGACUUCCCAGGCAUCGUGGUGAAUGGUGUGGAGGCUACGUUAGACCGGUUGGCUGCAUCAAAUAUGUUCUUCAUUGCAAAGCGCAAGCAUGCAAACCAGGAUGUGUUCUACUUUUCUGCUAAAAUGCCCCGUGGAAUACCCUUCUUGAUUGAACUCACCACUAUUGUUGGGACCCCAGGGCUGAAGUGUGCGAUCAAAACUCCAGACCCUGAUAUGGCACCUCUUUUCUUUGAAGCCUUGGGGACUCUCCUCAACGCUUGAUCCCUUUGUCCAAUACUUUUUCUUAUCCGUGUUAUUUUCUUAUCAUUUUGUUUUUGAAAUGGUUGUACAAUCUUUCUCUGCUACUGAGGUUUUGGUCCAUAGCAUCUUCCUCCAUUAUUGUUUAUUUAUAUUGAACAUAACUCAGAACAGUAAUUGUUGCUAGAGUUUUUCAGUUUGGUAGGGGCUUUAAGCAUUAUUUUAUGUGGACUGAGAGGUUAAUCAAUGUGUUAUCUGAGGAGCUUUUGUGUUGGAAAA